UCGGACCGGAAACUGUGUUGUUUACAUUUUCCAAGAUGGCGGCGGGGAUGUAUUUGGAGCAUUAUUUGGACAGCAUAGAAAACUUGCCCUUCGAGUUGCAGAGGAACUUCAAUUUGAUGAGGGAUCUAGAUCAACGCACAGAAGAUCUUAAAGGACAGAUAGACUCUCUGGCUAAGGAAUACACAGCCAACGCCCGGACUCUUUCCUCUGAGCAAAAGCUGUCCAUUCUGAGGCAGAUUCAGCAGUCCUACAGUAAAUGCAAGGAGUUUGGUGAUGAUAAGGUGCAGCUUGCUAUGCAGACCUAUGAAAUGGUCGACAAACACAUCAGACGUCUUGACACAGACCUGGCUCGGUUUGAGGCUGAUCUGAAGGAAAAGCAGAUUGAGAGCACAGACUACGAUUCCACCUCUAGUAAGGGAAAGAAAGUAGACACCAGACAAAAGGAAAAGAAGACAGCUAAAACAAGGUCAAAAGUGAAGAGUUCAGAUGAAGAUGGCAGUCCUAAGAGUGCACAGAAAAAAGUCAAACUCCUUCAACCAGGAGAAUUCAACAGCCCUUCAGCCAACUUUGGGAACGUGCACCCAUCCGAUGUACUGGACAUGCCAGUGGACCCCAACGAACCAACAUACUGUCUGUGCCAUCAGGUCUCUUAUGGCGAGAUGAUUGGCUGUGACAACACUGAUUGCUCCAUCGAGUGGUUCCAUUUUGCAUGUGUGGGUCUGACAACCAAGCCAAGAGGCAAAUGGUACUGUCCUCGGUGCUCUCAGGACAGAAAGAGGAAAUAAAACCCCCUGGCUGUCCUGGAACAAAAAACAUGGAUGCUGAUCGUUGGAUGGAUAAUGAGAAGAAUAUUUCUUCAUUAGUUACUAGAACGUUUUGUUUCUCAUCUUCCUUAACAUUUGGUGCUUUUUUGUUUACAUAUUUGCCUUGGUCUGAUACAAUGUGUAUGAAGUAGCCAAGUGGACACAAACAUAUUUAAUUUUUAAACGGUUAACAUUACUUUUGAUUUUUUUAAGUUACCUUUGGUGCUCUUAUUGUGACUUACCUUUUUUGUUGUUUUUUUUUUUUUUAAACAUUUUGUUUCCCAAGUGAAUAAACACUACAGUCGCCCAAAA